AUGUUAGUGGAUGGGUGUUUUUUGCUAGAGCUUCUCAUAUCCAACGAUUUGAAAUUGAAUCAUGAACUAAAAAGCAGCUCCAAGUAUCCUAGUCCCGGACCUGAAGUGGUUAAAGACAAAGAGAUCUUGUCUGAUCUGUUACUGUUAGAGAACCAGAUACCACUUAUCGUUCUCCACGAGUUGUCUCAAACACUUUUCCCCAAUGAGUUCACAGAGGCUCAUGAACAAAGGGUGACAAGAAUUAAUGAUCUUGCCUUGUCUCUCUUUGGCCACUCUCAGUUUGGGAACCCUGAUGCACAUCGUGCCCCUCACUUUCUUCAACUUGUCCACUCAAUCAUAGACAAAGCUAUCAAAGUAAAUGGUGAGGAAGUAGUGCAGAUUCAGGAAACUCAGCAAUACCUAUCACAUGUUGUCAAGAGUCAUGUUGAGGUAAAACUGAAGUGUUGUGCAACAAGGCUCAAAGCUGCUGGGGUUACUAUCACACUCCCAGAUAGGGAUAGAAGAAGGCAUGUCAUUCUGCAAGGGAACUGUUUUGGUCGUAUGCUGAUAUGGUUUGGGAAUAUGCUCGUGAAUAGGCAUGUGAACAUGCUUGAUGUGGAAAAGACAAAGUUAGACUUUGACAUAAAAUUCAACAACGGGAAACUAGAAAUUCCACAGCUGCAUAUCACGGGAACAACACAAGCCAGAUGGCGCAAUUUCAUUGCUUUGGAACAUCACAAAAAGAAAUGGAAGAGCACAAGUGCCUUCAGCGGCAAGUGUACUUGGUCUGCAAUGUUUUUUGAUAGCUUGAUAUGUUGUGGGGCUGAUGUUCAACUUCUGAAGGACAAUGAUAUUAUUGUGGAUCAUUUGAAGAUGGGCAAUAAAAAGCUAGAGACCUAUUUCAGUACAAUAUCAAGGGGAGUUGACCAUGAAAUAGUUGAUUCCAGAUAUAUUAAAAUAUUUAAUGAUUUGAACAAUUACUCCAGAGCAAAUUUUUUCAUAAGAAUCUGCAAAAUAUGGUGGCAUGAUUUCAGAUUCCGAGCAGAACAGUUCAUCGAAUUUAUGGGGAGUGGCUAUAACUUUGCAGCUAUAUUGUUAUCUCUUCUCGCUAUUCCGCAGACUAUUUAUGCAAUCCUCCCCUAUUAUCGUCCCAGUCAUGCUCAUUGA